UCUGGAGCACCCUGUACGCAUAUAAUGCCACAUACCUUCGUCUGCAGACAUUGUCGUUGCCUUCGUUUUUCGUUUCAACUGUCCGUUGCGGCAACGAGUUAAUUAAGUUUUCUACACUUAUUCGACCAUAACGGUUAACGUCUCUCUUCUUCUGCUCUUACGAAUACCUAAAUCACUACGUCAUUGUUUUUGCAUUUAAAAGCAAUUUUUGUAGUACGCUAAUAUUUCCCAGUAUUUCGAAAAAAAAAGUCUGUAACUUGUGAACACUAGACAUUUUUUUCUUUUUGUUCUUCAAAUUUGUUUUUAUUUUGCUAAAGACAGCAUAUGCCACAAGUCACUUACCAGUUGACUGACACACAUAUCAUCCAAAUUUCAAGUGUAGCACAAGACAAACAAAUUUGCAGUGAAAAACAGCAAAUUCUCCAAAAAAAUAAGAAUUCGAAAAACUGACAAAAUUGCGUUGCUCAUUUGACGGAGGUCGAACAUGAGAUCCACCGCUGCUGCUGCGACAAAUACGAGAAAACCGAAUCCGCUGCAGGACGACGAUCUCUCCGAGCUAACCAAAAGGGAAAUACUCUUUUGGGCGCGCAAACUCAAACUAUCGCCGUCAGAGCUAUUUACACUCUCCAAACACGAACUCGAAUAUCAUCUGGAACGAGCACAGCAAGAAGAUUUUGAGGAGGAGCAGCGACAAAACCAAUAUGCAAAAUGGGAGAUGUUGUCGGAGAUGAAACGUUUUUUGCUCGAAGAGCAGGAUAAAGAGCGUUUAAGAGGCGGUGGAACAGGAUCAAUACCGAACCGGCGCACAAUUUGGGAUAUUUUAUGCACCGCCGUCAGCGAAAUCGAAUCUAUGUACGCCCAUAGGCAAGCGUAUGCGGAUAGCAGCGCCGAUUCGUGUCUAUACUCGGAUACCGGUGGAUCUAGUAGUUACGCAACGUCAUCCCUCGGUGGUUUUGAAUCGCCACAAGUGCCGAAUAUGUGCUCGACUAUGUAUGAAAUGCAUCCCGACGACUCUCAAUGUACGCCGCCAGAUUUUCCCUCCACAUUUGCGGCCACACCAAUCAGUUUUGGAAGAUCCCAGCAAAACUGUGCCAGACAAUCGCGGCCUUUGAACGCCACCUACAAUUUGAAUGCGGCAAAUACAACAUAUAAUGCGUGCGCCGCGCGUAAUGCAAGCAGAAGUCCAAAGCGCGCUGGUGCGCCGAAUGCAACAUACAACGCCUGCGCGCCACGUAAUGUCACCUAUGACAUGCCACUUGCUACAAAUGACAUCUACAGUAACGCAUGCCCGGCGGCGGGGAAUACCACCUACAAUGUGCCGCGUGGUGCUAAUGCUACGUAUGAUGUAUGUAGACCGCAAGCCGCGAACGCUACCUAUAAUGUGCCCAGUUAUGCGCCAAAUGCUACCUACAAUAUACCAAGUUGUCCAGCAAACACUGCCUAUAAUGUACCGCGUAACGCGCCGAACGCCACUUACAAUAUACCGCAACGCGCGCCGAAUGCUACCUUCAAUGUACCGCGUUGCGCGUCCAAUGCCACAUACAAUGUUUCGCGUCCUACACCUAAUGCCACACAUAAUGUGCCACGUUGCGCGCCGAAUGCCACCUAUAAUGUAUCGCAAGCUCGUACCGCCACACAAGCGAGGUGCCCCAAUGGAACGUUCAAUGUGUCGAGUGGCGGUAAUCGCACCUUUAACGGUAGUCCGCAGCGCGGUAACGUUACUUUUAAUGUGUGCCCGCGUUCGGGUGGUGCCGGUGCGACACCGAGUUUCUGCCCGAAUCCCGCAAUGGCAUCCACACCGAAGAACUGCCCACGCACCGGUCAACCGCCUUAUUUUCGCAACUAUACCGAUUAUUGGCUGACAUUCUCGGGCAUGGGCAUCGCCGAAGCGUCACAGAGUGUGUCAUAUGACAUGUUUAGCGACAACAAAAGUAUGGUGCGUGCUGCGGCGCGCACUUAUUCCAUUCCACAUCGCAGCAAGUCUUGUCCACCGAUUGGCCGUACAAAUAGUCCACAGAGCGGCUACAUUUCGGGCGGUAGCAUACCAUGCCCGCGUGGUGCCACGCGUACAACCUCACCUAUGCGCUGCUCCUCGCCAGUUCAAGCUAUAGCAGCGGUUAAUUACGGUAUGUCGCCAGUAGCGCGGCCGCCAGGUGAUCGUUAUAAUGGCGGACCACGUCGGUUGUGUCGCCGCAAUACGAAUAAUGGCUUUUGCGAUUGCGCUCGUCGUUCGCGGAGUGUGCCGCCGCGUUGCUGCUUUUAAGUUGAAAUUAAAGUCGCAUCGCGCAGAAUUGCUGAAGUAGGAAACAUAUCUUUAUUGUAUUUUGUAAAGAACUUUACUUUUUAGAAAUAAAAAUUCACUUAAAUGGUCCUCAUGUACAAAUAAUUCUAGCAAUAUUUUUCUUAAGACAAGAUUUUUGGAUUAAUAAUUUUUCUUCAAGAAAAUAAUUAGUUUGCAUAUUUUUGGUCAAUUCACAUAAAUUUAUUUGGAUUUCAGCUCAAUCAAUUUGCGAUAUUUCUGACGAACUCCAUGCAACUUGGGCUUCGUACCAAGGAUUUAUUCACGUCCUUAGGAUCCUUCAUUAGUUUUUACAUUUUAAGAGGCCUUAAGUUACAUUAGGUUAUACUGGCACGCCG